UUGAAUCUCGACGAUCGCUUCGUCAUUUAUUUUGAGAUCAAGUAAAUUUCACACACUUAUUUAAAAACUGCUGUGAUUUUCGAAUAAAAGCGUUGUAAACUGGAAAACGGCGACAGUUUGCCAACGGCUACGCAGAGCGAAAUAUUUAAAAAAUCUGCUAAGUGAAAGCUCUCACACUUGAUAUAACGGUAGACGUGUGCAAAACUAAAAAUUAAAUAAGAAAACAACAAAAAACGUGAAAUUAGUGCAUUGACAAGGGAUUAUUUAAUUUUAAAAUUUGAAAUAAAUUUUUACUGAAAAAAAAGACAAUUUGAUUGCAACUGUGUGCUUGUGUACACCUACUGAUUUUGCGGAUUCCCAUUAUAACAAUUUUAUAACAACACACACAAAAAAAAUUAUGAUUUGUCCGAAGCGCACCGCAGAGUUAAUCACACUACAUUUGGCGCCCUUUAAGGACACUGAUCCUGCUUGGGAAAUAGGUGUCUCUAAAAUAGCUGGACGCGGCAUUAUGGCCACACGCGACAUCAAACGUGGUGAUGUGAUCUUUCGCGACAGUCCGCUGCUGAUCGGUCCUUCUGCACGCGCUGAGGAUACGCUAAACUCGUGUUCGAAUUGCUUCAAAAUGUUGCCGGAUACAAAGUUUAUGUGUCGUCAGGGUUGUGGUUUGCCCAUUUGUUCUCUGUGUGGCAAAAAGCAACAACACAAAGCCGAUUGUACCCUCUUCCAAUCGUGGAAACCUUGCGAACCGGAUGUGGCCAACUCACUGCUUAUUCGUUUGCUGUGCGUCGGGCGUGCUAUCAAUUUGACGAAGGAUCAACGUGAUCUCAUCUAUUGUUUACAAGCAAAUUUGGAUAAUAAUCAUCGUACGGAAGUACGUAAUGCCGCUAAGGGUUUCAACGAAUUUCCCACCGAUAAAAAAGUGAUUGAGAUUAUGAAUCGUACUGUUGCGGUGUUGCGUACAAAUGGCUUCGAUGAGACCGCCGAUCGUUCCAAUGAUAAUGCAGAGUUUCUCUAUCGCGCUUUAUUCCCAUUAUUCGCUGUCAUGAAUCACGAUUGCAUUCCCAAUUCAUAUUACACGUUCGAGGAGAAAACCAGAAAUAUGGUGGUGCGCGCUUCGGUGGAUAUAUCAGCUGGCACUGAGAUCACCACCACAUAUACGAAAUUGUUUACGAGCAAUACUGCACGCCAUUUGUUUUUGAAAAUGAAGAAAGGAUUCACCUGCAAGUGUCCGCGUUGCUCCGAUCCAACAGAAAAAGGCGCUUUCAUUUCCGCUCUCUACUGUCGCGAUACGAACUGUUCGGGUCUUGCCGUACCCGAAACCACCGGCCUGCCGCACCCUAACUGGAAUUGCUUGGUUUGCAAACAGAAAUCUACGCAUGCGCAAUUGAUAAAAUCACAAGAUUUCGCCUCCGGCGCGAUAAGUUCGAAAUUCAACUCGAAGUCACUCAAAUCGGUGGUGCUGUAUUUGAGAGACAAAAGCUCCGGCUUUAUACCGGAUAGCAAUUACGUUGUAAUCGAUGCAAAACUACAAGUAAUAGCACGCCUGUCGAAGAGUCGAGAAGAUUGCGAUGAUGAGGAAGUGGCGGCUAAGGCAAAAUUCUGUGAAGAUAUAUUGGAGAUUAUGGACAAGCUGGGACUGGGUGAUUGCGUGAUGCGUAGCUAUUUGGAGGCAGAGAAAGUGAAGGAGGUGAAGUAAGUGGGCGGGAGCUGAAAAAGUGAAUGAAGAAAAUUAGAAAUUCAAGCAAAAAGUAUAUUUGAAAAUCUCCGAAAAACACCACAGCGCUGGAAAUCGGUUGCAAAUCAUGUUUAUGCAUAAGUUAAUUUUGAAAAAUUGAAACAAAAAUGCCGCUGGCAUAUUUAUAAUAUAUAAGAAAAUGUUUUCGAUUUUAAUUUAUCAUAAUUUCAUUCAAGUUUUCUUAAACUUAUAUGUUUUUUGUUUAAAAUUUUCUUUAGAAAAUUUACUUUAUGCUGCAAAGACAUGCUGACACAGUUCUUAAGCAAACACAUUGUGCAACAAAAUAACAUUAAAAAAACCAAAAAAAAAAAA